AUGGCAGCCCAAAUUAAUGUUGACGUUGCCGAAUUAGAACGCAAAAUGGUCGCACUUAUGGAUGCUUUCAGCGACCAUCCUUUAUUCAUGACGCCAGAAAUGCCCAAGGCAUUGUGGUUCGUCGCCGACUUUUACGCCGCUGGAGACCGAGCUUCCGUCGCUGCUGUCAAAGAGGUCAUGGGCCGUAACGCUCUCGCCCAAAUGCUCAUCACCGAUACCAGCGGUAAAUUGGCCAUGAUGUCUGGUGAAGCCACCUCGCCAGACUGGGGUGAGGAAAUCUUGACCAAGGCAUCCGCUAUGGUUCAGUAA